CGCCGGAGGGUGAGGAGCUCCGUCCGGUUUCCAUAGGAACGGGGUCGCUGGCCCGGCUCGAGGGACGAAAAUGUCCGAGUGGAGCUGGACCGCCGAGUACGCCUACAAGCUCCCCGCCGCCACCAUGUGCGAAUUCUGCUCGGUGAUGGACUCGCUGGGCGGCGGCGACUGGAACCGCUUCGCCUCCUCCCUUGUCAGUGACAUGACUGAACUUCGAUUGCUGGAGAGCACAGGCAAACCCGGUCGGACACAGAAUGUCAUGUGGUACUGGAUGAACCGUAAUGGGACUGUGGGAGAUCUGCUGCACAUUCUCACCAGUCUAAACCUCGGGCGAGCCAGGGACAUCAUCCUGUCAGGGAGGCCGAGCAUAUGCCCAUUGCUGCCCCCCAGGACGGAUCCCUACAUCCCGCGACCACCUGCAGAGCCGUUACCAGAACCUAGCCCAGUGCCGAGCAACUGGUCAGACCCUGGGAAGAGCCAGCGCUGGAAAGCGAGUGAGCAGGCGACGGUGACUGUCAAUACUCCCUUGCCAAAACCGGUGUUACCACGUCCGCCCACACCUCCCAACAUCCUGCUCACAGAUGUCAACCAAUCCAGCUUUAGUAGCAAGGACAGUUGGAGCAAGGAUCCUGCUUUACUAUCUUCGAUGUCCUCCUCCAUGAUGACCAAGUCCCUGUUCUUUUGGCCACUCCAUGAGCUCAGAGCGGGUACCUGUGACUUUGCAGACAGCCAGAAGAUCGGCGAAGGAGGGUUCGGCUGUGUGUACCGAGCAUUGAUGCGCCACACCGAGUACGCUGUGAAGCGACUGAAGGAGGAUUCCAAUUUGGAUUGGAAAUCUGUGAGAGGGACUUUUCACACGGAACUGGAGAAGCUGUACCAGUACCGACACCCAAACAUCGUGGAUUUGGCCGGUGGCUGUGUGCAGGACGGUGUGUACUGCCUGGUGUACAUUUACAUGCCCAACGGAUCGCUGCAGGACUGGCUCCAGUGCCAGGAUGGCACCGCUCCACUCCCGUGGCUGAGGCGACUGGACGUGGCUUUGGGAACUGCUCGUGCGAUACAGUUCCUGCACUCGAGCAAGCCCAGCCUCAUCCACGGAGAUAUCAAGAGUUCCAACAUCCUCCUGGAUGAAAAUUUUGUUCCAAAGCUUGGGGACUUUGGGCUGGCACGUUUUAGCCAAUAUUCCAAUAACCCUGGGAAAAGCUGCACGAUAGCAAAGACCAAGACGCUGCGGGGAACCCUGGCAUACCUUCCUGAUGAAUACAUCAAGAGUGGGCAACUGUCCGUGGAACUAGACACCUACAGCUUCGGAGUGGUCCUGUUGGAGAUCCUCACUGGACGCAAAGCCUUGGAGAGUGAUGGGUCAGCCAAGCCCAAGUACCUGAAGGACCUCGUUGAGGAGGAGGAGGAGGAGGAGUGUGAUGUUGGCGAGGCAGAGGGCCGGAGCCUGCGGGUCGCUGAUCGCAUCUGCCGCUGUCACCUGGACAGGAAGGCUGGAAGGUACCCAGGCUGUCUCCCUGUACAGCUCUGCGCUCUCGCCUGUGAGUGCCUGCAGCGCCAGAGAAAGAGAAGACCAAAAAUGACCAAGGUUUAUGAGCAGCUGAAGACUCUGAGGACGCUUGGUCAGGCCUCUGGUCCAGCAGGAGGUCAGUUUGAUGCUGGCUCACAGAUCGGAGGGGGCUCGGAGCCUGUGGACGCCCUGGCGGAGAGGUUGCGGAGCUCCUCGCUCAGUCCUGUGGAGGACACUUACAGAUUCGCCUCGCAGUUACACCAGCCCCUGGACCACGGCCGCUCUCAGAGCCACCCUAGACCCUCCGUCUCGUGCGCUGCUCGCCCGUCCCUGUACCACUCACGGCCGGAGCGUAGACAUGGUGACUGUAGCUCAGUGCCCUCCCUCUCCUCCUACAGCAGGCGGUGUCAGCCCGUGGAGAGCAAGGAGAGCUCCAUCGAUGAUGGAGGUGGUGACAGCAGCAGCUUUUCCCAGCGCAGACUGCCCCAGUGGAACUGUGAUACCAAACCGUCCUUGCCAGCUUACACUCCCCUGCCUCUACACAAGGACUCUCGACGUUUGGCACCAAGUGGCCAAACUGGGUUAUCCCGACCAGAGGCUGUCAGUGACUCAACAGGAGCUGCAGCUUUGUCUAUCUCAGGCACUUCUCAAGAUUCGUCAAUCCCCAGUCACCAGAUCAUAGUCAACCCAGCGAAGCAAAGGAUACUGGAGCAGUUUGAACUUUAUAACGCGGGACAGAUUGACAGCAGCGAGCUGCUGUGCUCCAACCCCAGGCAUGCCGACAGGUUGAGUCUCGAACGGCGAGCACCAGAGGAGAGUGAUGACUUUGACUUCUCCUGAAAGAGGAUGGGGCGGGGCGAGACGGGUUUACCGUUUAAACCCACAGCCGGGAGCACCGGACGGAAGAGAGAACCCCACUGGAUCGUGCCCCGGGAGCCCAGUCGCCAGGGUCAUAUCGUCAUCUCUGUGCUCUCCCACAGCCGCAUUGCUCGAUUUAAUGCAGUCACGGGUCUUCCUGCAGAAGCCAGGGCUGCUGUCCUUCGAUACCAGGCAAUUUCGAAGACGGACAGGGGAGAACUGACUGCGUCAUUCCCUCAGGGUACAGAGGCUGGCACCAAAGGAGCAAAGUCAGAACAACGCUUUCAGCUCCCCCCCACCUUGAGUUCACUCUCGCCACCCCACCCCACCCUGCCAUUCGGGGGGAGCUCUGAGCCUGGGAGGUUCAGCUUUGCUCUAGUACAUCACUGGCCUUGACCUGUGGCCCUGCGGAUUUGCCGCUGAGUAUUUGUUACUUUUCCACUCACUGCCUGUGGGAGCUGUUGCCAGACUGACCCAGUCGGGGCUUGGCGAGCUCUCCCUCCGCCCCGUGACCUGGUGCGGUCGGUGAGACAUUUUUGAUGGGAAGGUGGGUUUUAAACAUUUUGCACCCAACCUGCAAAGAUUCUGAGGGUUUUUCUCUACCUCGGUGUGACAUUCCCAAGAUUAAUCCUCUCCUGUGUACACUUGAGGGUGAAUGGAGAAGACCUAGCAUGGGAACAGAAGAGACAGCAGUAGGCUGUUCGGCCCCUCAGGCCUGUGACAGCACUGAAUAAGAUGGCAGCCAGUUUGGAAUUUCCACAGGGGUCCAAUCCUUCAGCUGAAGGAGACUUAAUUCGUUUGGGGUCUCCAUGAGACGUUUGCUUUUCAGUAUUCUGCGGUGGGGGUGGGGCAGGUGUUUACAAAGUCUUAUUUACAAUAAACAGACAAAUAGUUUUCUGCGUCGUGUUUAUGGUUGGAUUCAAGAGGUGAAAGAUUUUCAGCUGGUCAGGGAGGUGAAACGUACCAGGGCUCUCUGUUCCGUAGGCUUGUGUCACAGGGGCCUGGUCCACCCUUUGACGUUCAAUGGCAUUAGCAUCAUUGAAUGCCCUGUUAUCAACAUCGUGGGGGGUUACCAUCUCCAACAAGAGAGAAUCUAACCAUCACCCCCUUGACGUUCAAUGAUGUUACCAUCACUGAAUCCCUCUGCCACCAUCAACAUCCAGGAGGCUAUCAUGUACCAGAA